AUGACAUGUUUAAAAAUUCAUGUUGAGGCAGACAAUCAAAAACCUAUUUUAUUCUUAAAAUUUGUUAUGCUAAGAACUUUUUGUUUUUCUGAAAUUAAACUCAGCAGUUAUUUUAUAAUUGAAUUUUAUCAUAACAAACGUGUAGUUAGUUUCACAGUAGUUUGUGGAUUUUUAGAUACUAAGCUUGUCAUUGGAAAAGCUCCUAGUUUAAGAUUUUUUAUUCAAAAUGUAAUGUUCAGUAACAAUUUGCAUUUUAUAAAAAAUUUCAACUUGCAAUUCAAAAAUUAUAGAAAGGUGCAAGAUUUUCAGGAGCUUCAAAUGUGGUUUAAAUUGCAUCCUUUCGCCGCGGCGCAAUUUUUCAAUUCUUUUCGCGUAAUCAUGGCAAGAAUAUGCGACACUGUUGGUUGUAUCUUAAAAAUUAAAGUAAAAUUAUCUCAAGUAGAAAAAGCAUCAGCAUCAACAUCAACUUCAAGAACAAAGAGAAAAAUUCAUGCUUUAUUGUCUCAACUUGAGAGGAUUGCUUCGAUUCCUUUGAAUUCAUUAAAAUCUAACAAGAAGUUUAAUGUACGUGAUGGUUCCUCAAGAUUGUUCAUGUUCUUUAUUGUCUUCUCUGAUUCAGCUCAUUCAAAACAGUUCUGA